AUGGUCGAACCAUCGACAGCAUCAUCAGGCUUGUGGCGUGCUGUGUUACCAAUUUGUAUUAUAUGCAUUCUGUAUUUAAGCUCAUUUUUCCUAUUUGUUUGUGCGACAAACUCGUUAAUCUAUUCAACCGUAUGUCUUCUUCGAGCUAACGCAUCAUUUUGUGAUCAGAUCGACCAAAAUCAAUCAUUUCAUGCUUUACAAGAAUCAAUUCAAAAAGAAAGUUCACAAUGGACUCUCUAUGGUACUCUAUCAUUCUCAAUCAUCGCUUGUAUUCUUUCUCCUAUUUAUGGAAGUUUAUCUGAUACAAAAAAUCGUAAAUUACCCAUUGUCUUAACGAUCUGUAAUGCAGUUGUCACUGGUUUAAUCAUAAUGGUUGCCAGUAUUUAUCAAGGCACGCAAUUAUGUUUAAUCUUAUACUUAGUUGCUAACAUUGUCAAUGGUUUCGGUGGCGGAGCAUUGAUACUUAUUUCAUCGUGUUUUGGUUAUGCUACUGAUCCCUGUAUCGAUAAAGACCAACAAGUUCAAACUAUUGCAUUGAUUGAAGCAUCAUUGAAUAUUGGCGUUGUUAUUGGUUAUUUACUAUGCACAUUUAUUUUUGAAGUACAUGCUCGCAUUUGGCAUAUUUUGCUAACGCAUGUUCUUCUUCUUAUCGUCACACUCAUUGUUAGUCUUGUUUUCCUUCGAACUCGUUCAGUGACUCAAGCCUCAACGAUUAACUUGCGACAAAAGCUCAUGCGUCCUCUAGUUGAUACCCAUGACUUGUUCGUUGGUUUAAAGCAAAACUCUCUGCUCGUGUCAUUUCUCAUGCUUUUGAUCGCACUUUUCUUCUAUGAUCUCUUUCGUAUGGGUUCGUCGUCAAUUAUUUAUUUGUAUUUACAUCAAAUGUCAUUUGAUGACGCACAUUACGCAGCAUAUUUUACAUUUGAACAGUUAGCAACUUGUUUAGCAUUGAUCAUCUUGGCGGUAAUGAGACGACGAUGGAAGAUUAAUGAUCUUUAUCUCGCCUGUGUUGGUCUAUGUCUUUCUUUGGUUGGACCAUUUCUAUUUGCGUUCGCAAGACGUAACAAAGCAAUGAUUUUCGGAGCAAUUCCAUCUUCGAUGUUUUCUAUUUAUUUUUCCGUAUGCUUAAGAUCUGUUAUUGCACGAUUAGUGCCUGAACAAGAUAAAGGCAAAGCCUUUGGGUUUGUUGCAUUGAUACAGAAUCUCGACGUCGUAGUUGGUACAGUUACCUGUGUGGAAAUUUAUCAGGCUUCAAUUGAUUUUUUCCCUGGUCUUGUCUUCGUUUUUGCUGCAAUCACAAGAAUACUAGCAUUGAUUCUCAUUUUAAUACAAGCUUUUUGUAUUACUCGAACACCUCAAUUAGCCAUAACCGUGCCUGUAGAUGAAAGUGAACAACCUAUUUUAGAUACUGAACCGAAUGAAACUGAUGAACAGUUGAUUCAUGCAUAA